UUUCCUGACAUCGUGGAGAGCCCGCGCUGAAGUCUGUCGACAGCCUCUUUCCUAUGAAGGAGAAAAGACCAACUACGUGAAUUCGGGGUUGGCCAGCGUUCUUAGUAAGAGGUCCACGAUCCUGGGGAACGAGGAGGAAUCUCUGACCGGCACUUAUAUCAUCAUAACCAGUCUCUUCCAGGUUGAAACCAGGUGACUGGAUCCUGAUCAAGGUACUCCAGAGGAAAAACUGGAGCUCUCCGAGGUGGGAGGGCCCUUAUCAGGUUCUGCUGACGACGCCUACCGCGUGUAAGAUCGCUGAGAGGCCUUCGUGGAUCCAUCAAAGUCACACUAAAAAAGUGCAGGGGGACACAAGACCAGACGCCAACUCCCCUACCAACUAGUGAUCUGUGGGUGGAGGAGAGGGCAGAUUGGGUAUACCCCGCCCUCUUGACUUCUCGCCCCCAGCCUGCUCACUAGGUGACUAGGUGGGUUUGGUCGACCUGAAGACACCCCCACCAUAACACCAGCAGCAACCCCGCCCCGCCUGCCCGGCAGAAUAACAGGAGAUCAGUCCAACCUGCAAAACCAGAAGAGCAACCCAUCACUCAAGUAACUACUCAGACACUCACAAACAAUGCCUGACACAGAGAUGCAGUAUGAACUUUCAGACAUUUCAGAUGGAGAGGAUCCAAUUUCCAGCGGGACUCAAGGACAACAAUACUGGUCAGAGGAGUGCAAGUUAAUGACAAUCAUAACAUUGUGUUUUCUUUUUGUAUCUUCAGUGUUUAUCUCAAUAACCAUAGUAUGCAUGAACAUUGCUUGUACAAAUAACCCCUGUAAUCCAUAUUGUCCAAAAGGUUACUCACCCACAACAAAUGACUCAGACCCAUGUAAUGAAUGGACACAAAAACAGACAGUAAGUCGUGAAAAACGCUCCACGAAAUCACACCUACAACCCCCAAAAGGUAACUCAUGGUAUGAUCAACUUAAUGCAUCAGCUACUGAUGCCAAUAGAAUAAAUUGUGUGGUGUGUGCAGAAGCUCGCCCAAAAUUAAAGAUAGUCGGCUACCCUAUCCCAAAUGGUUCAUUAACAGAUGGAAACGGGGUGGGCUGGGGAGCCUGGGCAGCAAAAAUGGAUACCGGAGCUAAUAUGACACAGGUACAUCCGCUUGACUGUCUACUAAUGCAUAAUUAUGUACCCCAUAACAAAACUGAAAUGGCACUCCUCAUAAACCUGCUACAAACUCUAGAAACAGUAAUAAAUACAAGCCUGCGUGCAUGUGCUCCAAAAGAACCAAUAAAGAACUUAAUAACACUUCCGGUAACGCCGCCUGAACUAGCCCAUAACAUGACCAUGGUCUGCCUAUGGAGACUUAGAGUCCCAGAAAGGCAGGGUGUAUCUUUCGUUUAUCCAAACACGACACGCCAUUUCGACACCGAUACAACACAUUGUAGUGAAAUAUGGCCCGUGGUUGGGUAUGGUAACGAGUACUCAAACUGGCGUAACUGUAAAAACGAAACCGUAUGUUCAAUAUUAGGUCCAAAGAUAUACAACGUGUCUAACAUACACCUGCGCGCACCAAACAACACGCGCAACGACAGCCCAAAGGCUGCCUGCAAACUGGACAGGAAUCUGUGGCAUAGUAACCUUAGCCCAGGAAAUACUUAUACAGAUCCCAAAAACACAUACCCACGCUUCCCCGCGCUCACGCCGGAGCCUAGUGGAAGACUCAGGCAAUAA